UUAUAACUCUCCUUUUGCGCUCGCGCAGUCUAUAAAGUGUUGAUAUUUAAAAAACACACACAUGCACACACAUGCACACACAUGCAUGCAUGGCUUUUGAAACUCUGAACCAUCAAAUUGGAAACAUAGUGCACUAAAUAUGUGUGUAUAUAAUCAGAACUCGGAUACAUUAAGAUGCACGAGCAUCCACACUGCAUAAACACUUGACUGCAGAUUGGAAACUGAGCUCGGGUGAGUUUUCUUUUUGGUGACUUGUGUUUUGUGUGAUGAUUUGGGCAUCAGUCGAAAUGCUCUUGAAAGAAAAUAGAGAGUCGAGCAUGUCGUUUUUGCAGAAAGCCGUGCAUUCCAGGAGCGCGAGGCGUUCAUGGCUGUGUUGUUGUAGUAGUAGUAGUUGUAGUAGUAGUAGUAGUUCCUGCGCGCGCACCCCCUGCGCCGCGCUAUACGAUGUAGGGAUGACGGCACGCGGAGGGGUGAAGUGAUGAGCGCGCGCCUUUGUCGUCCACUGUCAUUCUGUUCUCUCGCCUCCACCACUGCUGCUGCUGCUUCUCCUCCUCCUCCUGAUCCUGCUGCUGCUGUUAGUUCGCUUUAAUUUCAUACUCGCGCUUUGACGGACGGCGCUGGAGCUCGAGCCCCCGUUUUUUUCUCUCCCUUCAAACCCCUGCGUGCUUUUGUUGGCCGUUUUCACGUUUCCUUUCCCCCCCUUUUUUUUUCUCGCGAGGCGAAACAGGAUUGUUCGCUGUAACAAAAGCGAGCCGCCCCCCAUCCAGCUGCUCACUUCACGGAGAAGGGGAGAGAAGGGGAAGCCCUCUUGUCGCAUGGUGGUGUUUUUUUUUUCAGGCGCCGGAGCGGGUCGACAAAUGCAGAAAAGGGAUAAAAGUUUCGGUAUACAAAUGCUUUCCGUCCAGCCGGACACCAAGCCAAAGGGCUGUGCCGGCUGCAACCGGAAGAUCAAGGACCGCUACCUGCUGAAGGCCUUGGACAAAUACUGGCACGAGGACUGCCUAAAGUGUGCAUGCUGUGACUGCCGCCUCGGAGAGGUGGGCUCCACACUGUAUACCAAGGCCAACCUUAUCCUGUGCCGGCGGGACUACCUCCGGUUGUUUGGCGUGACAGGGAACUGUGCAGCCUGCAGCAAGCUCAUCCCAGCCUUCGAGAUGGUCAUGAGAGCCAAGGAGAAUGUCUAUCACCUGGACUGCUUUGCCUGUCAACUUUGUAACCAGCGGUUUUGUGUGGGGGACAAAUUCUUCCUGAAGAACAACAUGAUCCUGUGUCAGACGGAUUACGAAGAGGGGCUGAUGAAGGAAGGCUAUGCCCCACAGGUCCGCUGACCCCUACAUGACACUUACACUUGUGGGGAGAGAGCUGAGAGAGGACCUAAACGGGGAUAUGCAGUCAGACACCAAAAGCACUACCAUCCUCUUCAGCCCUUAUCCUUUGAUAAUGUACAUAAGAAAUGCCCACUAUGGGGCACUGCUGUACAGAAUAGCCAUAGAGACUUGUUGUGAGUUGGUAAGGGGGUUUCACAAUUCCCCUGAGCAAAGUGACACUGGUGUUGGAUAUUGCUGUGGCUCUUUUGAAACGACCCUUCUUUCCUGCCCCUAAAACCCAAGGCCUCAUGGAGACAAUCCACCCCAAGGCCUGACAACUGGCAUACACACACAUCUAACCGUGCAAAAAAAUGCAAGCAUUUACUUAGACCCCUCUCCAUUGCCCCCGGUUUCACUUUCAGGCUAAGGACCAUUAGGAGGGGCAAAAAAGGGAAAACAAUCAGUAAGUGAUGAAAAGAUAUAAAUGUUGUCCUGUCAGCUAGAAGCAAGGGAGCCAUGUCAAUAUAAGAUCUCAGGUUGAGGGGUUUUCCUUAUUUCUUUUGCUUUUAUGAAAAUGCUCUGUCCAGCUGAACACAACUCAGUGCUUUGUUUCGCUUCUUUCCUAUUGGUUCAGCAGACAUGCUGGAAUUGCUACACUGAUACAACUUUAUUACUAAGAUUAUUCAUGUUCUGCUUGCUUUGUAUGUAAAACAGCAUUCAGAGAUCAUUGUCAGGACACUGUAGGGAUUUGGCACACAAGUCAGUUUGUUAUGUGGGGUGGGAGGAUGGUGUCCGAUUUACUUCUUUCUACAAUGUAUUUAUUUAAACCUUUUUUUUUUUUUUGUUUUGUUUUGUUUUGUUUUGUUUUGUUUGUGCGGAUCUUACUGAGGCUUUGUCCUUGACAUAUUUAUACUUGAAUUGGAUCACUGUCCAGUUGCUGAGCCUCUUGUCCAGAUUUCACAAGUCUGGCCUCAUUACUGCACACUGACAAACAUUGUUGUGUUGAACAAGUCAGCUCACAUAAACCGGAGGUGUGCAACCUUUGAUUUACUGGCUCUGACGAGUUUGUCGAAGUGCAUGUUAACGCUACUGUACCGCAUUCAAGCAGCAUCCAACUGACACUUAAGUUUCCUUCUGAAAAUUAGGGCAAAGCCUCAAGAAAAGACAAACUGAUUUGUAAAUGGUGGUUGUACAUAUUUAAAAAAAAAAAUUAAAAAUAAAAGUAUUGCUUUUGGCUUGCUAUUAAAUAAUUUUCUUUUAAGUGUCACUCAGCAUGAGAUGUUUAUUUUUAGGACACAUGUACAUACUGUAUUGUAAUCAUUUUAAGCACAAAUGUAAUACAGUUUUAUUGUGUUAA